GGCCUGCCUGCGCUGUAACCAGUUUAACAGUGUGGGGGUAACCAGUUGAGUAGCUCCCGCAAUACCUGUCCGCUGUGGGGUCAGCGCCUCCCGCCCCAGACUCCCCCUCCACGCUCGGGUGGGGUUUAUCCCCCCGGCUCAGCAGGGGACGGGGGUGGCUUCGCGUCGGGCGGGUCUGGGGGAGGUGGCUCUGGCCUGGCAGGCGCCUGCGCUGUGGCUACCGCUGAGGAAGAUGCCGUCGGUUUCGAAAGCGGCUUCUCGAGGUGGCGGGUGCGGUGGGUCCCCGCAGACCGAGCAGCCGACGCACUAUACGUAUCUAAAGGACUUUAGAACAGAGCAGUGCCCCCUAUUCUUGCAGCACAAGUGUACCCAGCACAGACCAUUUACCUGUUUUCACUGGCAUUUCCUAAAUCAGCGUCGUCGUAGACCCAUUCGAAGGCGUGAUGGGACUUUUAACUACAGUCCAGAUGUUUAUUGUACAAAAUAUGAUGAGACCACAGGAAUCUGUCCAGAUGGAGAUGAUUGUCCUUAUCUGCAUCGAACAACAGGGGAUACAGAAAGAAAAUAUCAUCUCAGAUAUUACAAGACUGGAACAUGUAUUCAUGAAACCGAUGCUCGAGGCCACUGUGUGAAGAAUGGACUCCACUGUGCCUUUGCUCAUGGGCCUCAUGACCUUAGACCACCAGUAUAUGAUAUAAGGGAACUUCAGGCACAGGAAGCCUUACAGAAUGGGCAGCUAGGAGGUGGAGAAAACAUCCCUGACCUACAGCCAGGAAUUUUAGCUAGCCAAGCAAUGAUUGAAAAAAUUCUUAAUGAGGAUCCGAGGUGGCUGGAUACUAAUUUUGUAUUAGCUGGCUACAAGACAGAACAAUGCACCAAACCCCCCAGACUCUGCCGCCAGGGUUAUGCAUGUCCCCAUUAUCACAACAGCCGAGAUAGAAGACGGAAUCCCAGAAAAUUCAAAUACAGAUCUACUCCUUGCCCCAGUGUAAAACAUGCAGAUGAGUGGGGUGAACCUUCCAAGUGUGAAAAUGGGGAUAACUGUCAGUAUUGCCAUUCUCGUACUGAACAGCAGUUCCAUCCUGAGAUUUACAAAUCUACAAAGUGCAAUGACAUCCGCCAAACAGGUUACUGCCCACGGGGUCCAUUUUGUGCAUUUGCACACGUUGAAAAUGAGGAAGCAAUGCCCCCUCCACUGUCCAUACCAGACGAUUUCAAACUCUUUCAGGACCUUACGAAGAGGUUGCGGGAGACACUGCAGGUCCCUCUCGAGGAGGUGAAGGACACCAACCAGGACACCAUGAAUGUAGUCAUACCGCAAACUGGUUGUCAAUCAAAGCCAGGCGCUCAUCUGUUUUCAGCAGACAGCAUAGGAAUUGCAAAUGAAUGGAGCAGCAGUCUUAACUCCACAAACAGCAUUACAGAUAACAAUCGGCAAUCUGGAAAUAUUUCCUGUGCCUCAAGUCCAACAGUAAUGUCAAGCUCUGGUAGCUGUAGCUCAUUAUCGCCUAUUGGACCCCUUUGUAGGCAAAGAUCAUUAGCAAAUGGUGCUUUGUGUUCCGAGUGUAGCCCAUCAGGUGUUUCUUCACCAAAUUCUAGCUACCCAAAAGCACCAGGUUUUGAACGAGAGGAUCAGAUGAAACAGAAAAGCCUGCCAGCUGACAAUUAUCAGAAAAUAAGUGAACAAGACAAUAAGCAGAACCAUCUCAGUGUUUUUUCAGUGGUUAAUCCACUUGCUUCAAGUAUAACCUCCAGUAUAACUUCUAGUCUGGCUUCCAGUAUUGGAUCAGAUAAUUCAUCCCCAACAGCUCUCUCAGCUAUCAGUACUAAAGCUCUCCCAUUCUACCCUGGCAGUAAUACAGUUGAAUCAGUUAUAGGUUCUGCUUUAGAUCUACAUUUUAGUGAUAUAAAUGUUGCAUCCUUAGAUAAAGAAUUAGAAGAUCAAGAAAACAGUGACCUUGGAUUAACAAGUCAAAGGUUACUGGGAAGUUCAGCUCCUGUCAAUAUUCCAGGUUCUGUUGCUCGUUCCUCAUCUUUACAUUCAUCAUCUUCCCUUUCAACCUCUCCACUCAGUUCUCUUUCACAGUCGUUGUCUCAGUCUUUUAUUUCAUCCACUAUGGCUCCUCACCAACAGCAGACUCAGCCUUUGAAAUCAGAACAUAGUAUGUUAGGCACUUCAGCCUCUUCUCAUAACUCUUUAGGUUUAAAUGGUGUUACAGGGAGCAUUUGGGACUUCGUAACUGGGAGUUUCUCUCCUAGUCCAUCCCCAAUAUUGAACAGUAGUACUAUACCCUCAACAAACUCAAACACCAGUGGAAGUGAAUUAGCUCACGUUAGACAGGAACUUGAUGAUGCCAAUCAAAAAAUAAAACGAUGGGAAGAUUCUUGGCAACAAGUAAAGCAGGCAUGUGAUGCAUGGCAAAAAGAGGCCCAAGAGGCAAAGGAACGUGCUAAAGUGGCAGAUGCUGACAAAAAACUAGCUCUUCGGAAAAAAGAAGACUUAGAAAAUAAAUUUAAAAAGCUGCAGGAACAAUUUGAUAUGUGUCUGUCCACUACAGUACUCCAUAUGAAAAGCUAUGGCGAUAUAAAAAAGAUACCAUUACCAAAGCUUCAGUCUUUACAAAACCAACUGCGUUUAGAUUUAGAAACAGUAGAUGGGGUAAUUUUCCAACUUCAUUCAAAGAAGUGUGUUGUAUGCCAAGAACAUGACCGUAGUGUAAUCCUGCAGCCAUGUCAGCAUUAUGUACUUUGUGAACACUGUGCAGCUAAACAGGAAUGUCCUUGCUGCAAGACGAAAAAAAGAAAUGGUGAUGAAAAGUCAUGUUAACUAUUCUUGUAGGGAAGAGUUACCUGUGGUGUUACUUUUCUUUCCCGUUAAAGACCUACCACUGUGUUACAUAAUGUGUAUAUUCCUAUUAAUUAAUACAUUAAUGAACAAGAAGUGCAUUCAUAUGACCAGCAAAGAGUUUAAAUUAUUUCUGAAGUUUGUUCAGAUGCAUUGCAAUAGAAACAAGAUAUAUGCUAAUUUGUAUUUAUGAUCUUGAAAAAUAUCUUUGAGCUUUGUAUCAGUGUUUAAAGAAUUCAGAGCCCAAUCCAAAACCCCCUAAAGUCAAUGUGCUUUCAUUGAUUUAUACGGACUUUGGACUAGGCCUUGAGUUAGCAGAAACAAGCACAUAAGAUUACAUUUAUUGUAAAAAUAAAAUCUACAGAAUCAUCAUUACCUUGUUCUAUCAAACUGUGAGAACAUGGAGAUCUUUUGAGAAUGAGGGAGGGAAGAUAAAACCCAUGAUGGAUUUACAUUUGGAACAGGAGCUCUUAAAAAGUAAUUUACAAACACAAUAGUCUGAAGAUAAUUGUAGAACAUUUUUAAACAGGUUUUAAGGUUGAGUUUCAUAAUAUGGCCUGAUGCAUUUUUCACAUAAUUUUUAAUGUUUUCUCUCAACAUUGCUGAAAAUGAAAUUAUAAGUAAUAAGGUAUUUCAAUAUACAAUAUAUUUGUCUCCUGAAAGAUGAUUCUGUUAUCAUAGAAGUAGAACCAGUUUACAUUUUUUUUUUAGUGGCACUUUGAAUCACUAUGCUUUGCUGUGAGUAUUAAUGGACUUCUACACUUGUGGAGUCUUUGCCAAAGACUUUUUUUGAACAUUAACAACGUUUUGGACUAAAAGUGAGUAGGUAAGAAUUUUUAUCAGUGACCAAAUUAGAAAGUGGUGUACUAUAGGAAUAAAUUAUUUUAAAUGUUUUAAAGAAUGCAAUUGAUAUCAGACAGUGGUUUAUUACAUCCAUUAUAGAAUGUGGAACAACAUUCUCUAGCUCUUUGCUAACAUAGUUAACUAAUAUUCUUAGCAGAUUUUAGUGAAAUAAAUCCAAAUUAGAUUGAAAUGUGGCCAUGUGUGUCAAUGUUCAGUUCAUUACUUAAGAAAUUUUGAAAUAUUUUUGUACUACAGUAACUCCUCACUUAACGUUGUAGUUAUGUUCCUGAAAAAUGCAACUUUAAGUGAAACAAUGUUAAACGAAUCCAAUUUUCCCAUAAGAUUUAAUGUAAAUGCAGGGAGUUAGAUUCCAAGGAAAUUUUUUGGGGGCAGACAAAAGGCAUUAUAUACUGUACAGUACUGUACUGUGGUUGGGAAGUGCCCCUAGCUUACCCACACAGGCACAGCCUGCUGCAGGCAAGGAUGCUAGGAAGCACUUUCGCAGCAAUGGCAGCUUCCCCAGAGAAGAACAGGUGCUGACUUUGCUGGGAAUGCUCCAGGCUUGCCUCUUCCUGUCCCUGCUCCACUCCAGGCCCACCUCUUCCCACCCCCACUCCACCUCCUCUCCGGAGCACACCACAUCCCUGCUCCUCCCCCCACCCCGAAAGUCCUAAGC